AUGGAAGAGCUGAAGAUGUCUGGAUCCAUUGCGUCCUACGACCAACUGGUGAAGCAGGUGGAGGCGUUGAAGAAAGAGAACACACACCUCCGUCAGGAGUUGGAAGACAACUCCAACCAUCUCUCCAAGUUAGAAAAUGAGACUUCUGAUAUGAAGGUGGUUUUGAAGCAUCUACAGGGUAAAUUGGAACAGGAGGCUAAGGUGAUGGUGUCUUCAGGACAAAUGGAGGUUUUAGAUCAGCUAAAAGCCCUGCAGAUGGACAUCACCAGUUUGUACAACCUGAAAUUCCACCCUCCGGCCCUGCUUCCUGAGCCGGUCUGCCAGGAUCAUAGUCCAGAGCAGAGCCUGUCCCAUUCAGCCCCUCUCCAAAGGAAGGACAGCAUGGGAGAUCUGGGUCGGGCCACCAUCCGUCUCUUGGAGGAGCUGGACAGGGAGAGAUGUUUUCUGUUGAGCGAGAUUGAAAAGGAGGAAAAAGAGAAACUCUGGUAUUACACUCAACUGCAGAGUCUCUCUAAGCGGCUGGAUGAAUUGCCCCACGUGGAGACGUUCUCAAUGCAGAUGGACCUGAUCCGUCAGCAGCUGGAAUUUGAAGCCCAGCACAUCCGGACACUCAUGGAGGAGCGCUUUGGGACAACCGAUGAAAUGGUACAAAGAGCCCAGAUCCGGGCCUCUCGUCUAGAGCAGAUUGACAAAGAGCUGAUGGAAGCACAAGAUAAAGUGCAGCCCUCGGAACAGCCGCCUUCUGGAAAACUGCCAAGCAGCGAAGGGGAUGGAAGGCUCGACAUCGCAACCCAUUCAGAGGAAGCGAAGGGUCAGCUGGGUAGCAGUAAGGUGGAGGUGGUCUUCUGGCUGCUUUCUAUGUUGGCCACCCGAGACAAGGAGGACAUGUCGCGCACGUUGCUGGCCAUGUCCAGUUCACAGGAGAGUUGCCUGGCCAUGCGCAAGUCGGGGUGCCUCCCUCUCCUCAUCCAGAUUCUCCACGAUUCAGACCGGGAACCGAGUGCCCCCGAUAGCCCUGGAGCUGCAGGGAAGGACUGUCGCAUGCGGGCCAAUGCUGCCCUCCACAAUAUCAUCUUCUCUCAGCCCGACGAAGGGCAGGCCAAGAAGGAGAUGCGGGUGCUACACGUGCUGGAACAGAUCCGCUCCUACUCCGAGACCUGCUGGGACUGGCUCAGGAUGCAGAAGGAAGGGGCCAAGAUCCCCGAGGGGGGAGCAGCUCCUGUUCCAAUCGAGCCCCAGAUCUGCCAAGCUACCUGCGCUAUCAUGAAGCUCUCGUUUGAUGAAGAAUAUCGCCGUGCCAUGAACGAACUGGAUGUUCCCAUUCCAAGGGACAUAUCUUCUGCAACAUUAUGUUCGCGGCCAAGGUGUAUGCAAGCUAUCGUAGACCAAUUAGCAUCUGACAGUGAGGAACUGCACCAGGUGGUAUCCAGCAUCCUACGCAACCUCUCGUGGCGAGCCGAUAUGAACAGCAAGAAAGUCUUACGAGAAGUCGGCAGCGUCUCUGCGCUGAUGCAGUGCGCCUUACGGGCCAGCAAGGAGUCCACCCUGAAGAGCGUCCUCAGUGCCUUGUGGAACCUCUCAGCUCACAGCACUGAGAAUAAAACCGCCAUCUGCAUGGUGGAAGGAGCGCUCGGCUUCCUAGUGAGCACACUCACCUACAAGUGCCAGAGUAACUCCCUUGCCAUCAUUGAAAGUGGAGGUGGGAUCCUAAGGAAUGUCUCCAGCCUGAUUGCCACCAGGGAAGAUUACCGGCAAAUUCUGAGGGAUCACAACUGCCUUCAAACUCUCCUUCAGCACCUCAAGUCACACAGCCUGACCAUCGUCAGCAACGCCUGUGGCACCCUGUGGAACCUCUCUGCGCGGAGCCCCAAAGACCAAGAGCUACUGUGGGACCUGGGGGCAGUCAGCAUGCUCCGGAAUCUCGUCCACUCCAAACACAAGAUGAUUGCCAUGGGCAGCACCGCAGCCCUCCGCAACCUCCUUGCCAACCGGCCGCUCAAGUAUAAAGACGCCAUGGUUGUCUCGCCGGGUUCUUGUAUGCCCUCCCUCUAUAUGCGGAAACAGAAGGCUCUGGAGGCUGAACUGGAUGCCCAGCAUUUGGCCGAGACCUUUGACACCAUGGAGAAGCAGACGAUGAAGAAGCAGAGCGUGACCAAGAAACCAAUGCGGCACAUGGAUAGUUUGGCCAAGGACUACGCUUCUGAUUCAGGCUGCUUUGACGAUGACGAAGUGCCCAAUGUCUCUAGCAGUACAGAGACAGGAAAUGCGUCGGUUCUCUCCAUGUUCUUAAAUUCAUCCUUCCUCCAAAGUCAAACUUUGCCAAGAACAGUUUCCCAAAGAAGAGGCCCAGAACCAGAGAAAGAUCAAAGUGGGAAGUCCACGGAAGCCAAGAAGGUCUCCCCGUUGCUUGCAUCCCAGGGCGAUGACGUCUCCGCGGUGGCUGAGAAGUUAGCCAACAAGAUCACUACGACUGUGGCCAAGAUAGAUAAAUUAGUGGAAGACAUAACCACUCUCCAUACCUCCUCUGAUGACAGCUUCAGCCUCAGCUCUGAAGACCACUGCCUUGAAUGGCAGUAUGGUCUGGAUGAAGCCCAUGAAGCCCGUGCCCAGUCAUGCUCUCCAUGCCGCCUCUCGGACACCAGUGGGAUUAUGAAGCGUGAAGGUCUGAGCCGGGCUCACACCCUCCUGCGGCUGAAAAACGCUUAUACAAGCUUGUCCAAUGAUAGCCUCAACAGCGGAAGCACCAGUGAUGGCUACUGCCCAAAGGAACACAUGAGACCAUGUACUCGGACAACCUUCUUGGACUUUAAAGAUGAACUACACCGGUAUCAGAAACGGCCCAGCCGUCUUGAUUUGAAGAACAUCUUGAUGAAUAGGCCAGAAAAGAUGGAACUGCCUGAGAAGAAACCGCAAGAAUCCAAUGUGGUGGUGGAGAAACCAGAAAGAGACAAACUACUUGAAAAAGCCAAGAUAACAAGGCUUCCACCUGACCCUGAUGUUGCUGAGAAGGAGUCUGAAUGUGAGAAGAAAGAGGGAGGCAGACAGUUAGAUCCUGAUCCCAAAGUCCACACAAUCAAACUCUCCCCAUCCUAUCAGCAUGUGCCCCUCAUAGAGAACAAUGGCACAGAAUCUGGGACUAUGGGGGUCUUGGGAACCAGCUCUUACUAUCCCAGCUUAUCCAUGAAAACCACCGAUAAUCUUAACAAGGUUCCAGAGAAAUUGACUACAGCAGAACCAGCGAAACAACGGCUGCAGAAAUACGCGAUGGAAGAUACGCCAAUUUGCUUCUCCCGAUGCAGUUCCCUGUCUUCUAUUUCCUCCGCCGAUAAUGUCCUAGACGGACAGAGCCACAGUGAGAAUGAGAUGGACACCGAUUCCUCUCUAGAGAUCAUUGAGGUAGAAGAAGUGGAAGAAGCUCAGAAGGACAACCAAGAAAAGAAGGCAAAGCAGGGGGUGGAACCCCUCAACUCAUCCUCACAACCCAUUGCUAUCCCCUUCCCUAAAAAAGAGAAAAUGUUUCUUAGAGGGGCGUCACCUUCUCGCCAUGAGGAUUUGACCCCUUCCAGCUCAUCUGAAAACUACAUCCAGGAGACUCCUUUGGUGAUGAGUCGCUGCAGUUCAGUCAGUUCUCUGGGCAGUUUUGAGAGCCCGUCCAUUGCCAGCUCUAUCCAGAGUGAACCCUGCAGUGAGAUGGUUAGUGGUACGGUCAGUCCAAGUGAGCUCCCAGAUAGCCCAGGUCAAACCAUGCCUCCAAGCCGUAGCAAAACACCUCUGUUUGAACUCAACAGCCAGCCAGAGAAGGAGGCCAGCCAGUUCAACAUUCAGUGGGAGAACAACGUCAAGAAAUUUAUGGACAUCACGGAUUUUAAGGAGCGUUUCCAGAUGCCCCAAGACCUCGACUCCAUGGUCUACUUCACGGUGGAGAAACCCAAUGAGAACUUUUCAUGUGCCUCCAGCUUGAGCGCAUUACCCCUCCACGAGCACUAUGUCCAGAAGGAUGUUGAGUUGAAACUUAUCCCACCGUUCCCAGAAAGGAGUGGGUUGAACUUCAUGACGCAUGAAAAGAGAGAUGACGAAAGGGCCAUUGAGGGCCAAAGGAAACUAGAGUGCCUUGAGUUGAUGUCAGAUGACGAUAUUGAAAUCCUGAGGGAGUGCAUCAAUUCAGCCAUGCCACCCCGUUUCCGGAAGAUCAGGACAUCCCUUGUCUCGGGCCUUCCAGGCCAAGUCCUAAACCCUCAGUCAAAGAAGUCAAUGCAUGUUCCAGUCUACAUGUUAGUUCCUGCCAAUUCCCACUUGGGUAUCCCCAAACACAGAUGGGCCACGGUCACCAGACCCAACAAGGACUAUCUGGGCAAUGAGGAUUCCUUCACUGACUCAGCAGAAGGCACCCCCGUCAACUUCUCCAGUGCUGCUUCGUUGAGCGAUGAGACCCUUCAAUACCCUAUGAAAGACGAGGGAGAUUCACGGCAUUGCUCUGGAAAAAGAAAGGAAGUAACGGGGGCUCCGAUGGGGGGACUCAAGAGGGAGAUCCGCCAGCUUGAACAAAGCAGCUCCCGGAUUGGAAGAAUCACCUCCAGCCAUUCCACACCAACCAAAAUGGCCUCCUCUUCUAAGCACAAAACUGGAUCGAAUCACACCAGCCCGCUCCGUGCAACGCGGGCCCAAUCGGCUGAAUCCAGGAGAGGAAACAUUCCCCUCAGAAACCUAGAAUUGACUUUCUUGAGGCAAGGUAGUUCAAGGGCAAGUUCUGAAGGCAACCAUUCCAAGAAGAAGGAGGAACCUCGGGAGAACAGCAGCCACGACAGCGACGGAGCCUUCCCAUCCUUCUGCCACACCACACCAACCGAAGAGGCUGUCUACUGCUUCUAUGAGAAUGACUCUGAUGACCUAAUGGAGUUAGACGUGAAGAAUUCACCCAAGAGAAAACUGAACCUGGCCAGCAAAGUUCAAAAGAAAGAAUGCUGGGCUAAGAAAGAACCUGAGCUAAGUUCCAGUCAGCAGCUUCAUGCUAAAAACAAGAUGGCGCCCCAUCUCCGGAGCAACCUGAUUGCAGAUGAGACUCCACCUUGUUACUCUCUCAGCUCCUCCCUAAGUUCCCUGAGCGAUCUCGAACUCUAUGCAAAUGGAGAAAGGAUGCAGAUGUCCAAGAUCAAAGUUAACCGCCAACCAACCAUGAACCGUCGGCAGGGGACGAGAGCAGCUGUGUCCAAAGGGACGGACAGCUCCGCCAGUUCCCUCAGUUACAAUUCAGACAAUGAUCUCCUGCAGAACGGCAUCGGCUUGAGUGGGCCCAAGAGGAGACGCCAUUCAGCCAAAAGGAAGAGUGCUGAGAAGGAGCAGAAGGGUCUCAAGGCCAAGGAAUGGAAACCCGAGGGAUUUCCUGAUGAAAUUGCUUCCGAAAGAGGUUCAGAUCUGGAUAGCGUUGAUUGGAAAGCCAUCCAGGAAGGAGCAAACUCCAUUGUUACUUGGCUGCACCAAGCUACUUCUUCCUUUGGCAAGGAGACGUCCUCAGAAUCUGACUCCAUUUUGUCUUUUAUGUCUGGCCUUUCGGCAAGCUCUGCUUUACAGCUGAGUUUGGACAGAAGAGACAAGAUCCAAGGCAGGAAAGGUCCCACCGGUGGCACGGAGAAGAAAAACCUCCCCAAAUCUUUCCAAGAUGGCAAGAAUCUGAAUGAAACAAGAGGUGCCGGCAGCAGGAAUAAGACGGAGAAAAAUGUAGGGCAGCAGAAGCCACUGAGCAACCUACCCGUCGUCUUCCGAGGCAGGACAGUGAUCUACAUGCCUGAUGCAGCCAAGGAAUCCCCAGCGCAGAGCUCCAGGUCCACCCCAAAGAAAACAGGAGGGGCCGCUAAGCAGGAAAUUCCCGAGAAAACUCUGAAUCUCAACCAACCGAGAUCCAGGAGUCUCCAUCGGCCUGGAAAGAUCUCAGAAGUGGUGGAGUUGAUGUUGCCCAAAAGAAGCGCGACCCCACCUGCCAGGAUGAACAGAGCACCGUCGUCCGGAUCCUCCAGAACAUCCACACCCUCCCAACCCAACCAGAAGAAGCUCACAUCACCAUCGCAGCAACCCAACCGACAGACGCCAUCACGUGAAGCCGGAAAGAGCAGUGGAAGCACCACACCCAUUGGCCCAGCCCCCAAAUCGGUCCAGAAAUCCCCCAUGUCCAAGCAACACAAGACCCAGAAAUCACCUGUCCGCAUCCCUUUUAUGCAGAAGCCCGUUAAGAAGACUCUUCCAGUGAGGAACACCAUGCCUACGCUGGAGGAACGAGGAGGAAACAGCAGCAGUGAGCUAAGGCCUAAGGUCAAUGGGAAAAGUAUUCUCCAGGCCAACCACCUUAAUUUGAUGCGCAUGUCCUCAGCCAGAUCCCUCAGCAGUGACUCCCACCAGUCGGGCUUCCUACGGCAGCUGACAUUCAUCAAGGAAUCGCCCACUCUUCGCAUGAGGCAACGUUCCGAGGUCUCCUCUUCCGAGCAUUUGUCCUCACUCUCUCAGGGUGCCUCGCCGCGGAGAGGCCGCCUUGGCCUGCCAACCGUUUUCCUCUGCUCUUCCAGAUGCGACGAUCUCAAAGCAGAUAAGCCAACUAGGUCGAGUCAACGCCCCGUCAUCUCCCGGGGGCCUCUCCCCAGCCAGAAUCCCUCUGCAGGGGGGCCCCCAAGGCUGCCCCGCAGGACAAGCUCAGAAAGCCCCUCCCGACUCCCCAUCAAAUCCAUCAAUGUUCCUCCAGAGCCUUUCAAGCGUUACUCGUCCUCUCCUCAAAUCAACGUCGUCAAGAGGGCCGCCAGCCCUAUUUCCACUCUGUCGGACAGCCCUGAACCCUCAAGCGGGAGAAAGAAGAAUGAGGAGGUCUCAAAACUACCGGUUAUUCCUCCUCAGCCGCCACCGCCGCAGCCGCAGCCGCAGCCACAGCAGCCAGCGAUGGUGAAAGGAACCUGGAAACGGAUCCGUGAUGAAGAUAUACCCCAUAUUCUGAAGAGCACCCUUCCUUCAACGGCAUUGCCCCUGGUUAGCGCUUGGCAGGAAGAAGAAGAGAGGGAUCAGACGCCUGGAGUCCUCCAGCCAAAGACGAGUGACGCAGUCGUGCAGACUGAAGACUUCUCCACCACAAAGACUAAUUCCAGCACCUCCCCUACUCUGGAGACCCAGAAGGCCGUCAAGAUCCCACCCGACAGCUACGAAGGAGAUGGCUUUGCUCCCGCGAAGGCCACCACUGCGUCCAUCUCCUUCACUCACGAAGGGUCGGUCAGCUCUCUUGGGAAUUUCCCUUCCAGCAAGCACAGCUCCCCAAGCCGAGCUGCUCGGGUGAGCCCGUUUAAUUACACCCCCAGCCCAAUGGUGGAGCCCGCCAUCAAAGAGAAGCCGGUGGAGAAAACACAAGUUUGA